AUGAUGAAUAAAUUUACAAUAUUCCUUACAAAACAUUCACAAAAAUUAGUAUUAUUAUGCUCAACUACUGUAUAUUCAUUAGCUAUUAUUACUCAACCAUAUUAUGAAGUACUUAAUCGUUGGUCAUUAACAAAAUUUCAAUUCGAUUGGGAAUUGAAACCAUCUAAACGAAUUAAUCAAUUAACAAAUGAGAUAUGUUCAUAUUUCAAUAUAACAGAUUAUCAAAAAGCACAAUUAGAUAUCUUUUUAACAUCUAUAGAUGAAUCAAUUGUUUUAGGUUCAUUACAAUCACCUGGUUAUGCAUUUAUUGGUUUACCAUAUUUUUGUACAUAUGAAAUUCUGCUGAAAUUCCAUUCGAUCAUGUGGAAUUUUAUCGAUCUUAUUUCCCGUAUGGACCAUUUUCAAAAAUAG